AUGCCGGGAAUGGUAGCGGCUACGGGAGAAUCUGUAGGCAGAGCUAUGUUGGAAAGAGCAGAAGAGGCACAGGACCGAUCGUACGAAAAAAGAGGUGCAGGAAGACCGGUGUGGAUCCAGCCAAAACGGCAUGUGCCAGUUGCCCUAAACUACCAUCCGACAUUGCCCCAUAGACGACAGCAGCGAAGACAACCAGGGGGUGAACAACGGAGAAGAGCGAUCUCGUGGCCCCCUCCAGCACCCGUGGAGGCGGACAGACACAGAGUGCAGCGAGAACGGCAGCGAAGCGAGGAAGCGCCCAGGACCUGGAAAGAAGGUAGGAGUAGCCGAAACUCCACAGCGCGAUUAGAACCAGAGCUAGCCAGAGAGCCCGGGCGGAAAAAUACCAACGCCUAUGCCUAG